CCACAGCGAAGCCAGAGGCUUACUAAGAAAAGGAGGAGAGAGAAACUCAGGGAAGGAGAGAGAGAGGAGGGCUGUUUGGGAGACGCGCUGAGUGCAAUUCAUGGCUGAAUCAAAUGACGCCGUCUCCCUCGAUAUGGAGAAGAUCUAUCUCAGUGGAAAGGAACAUUUUAUUCGAACUGGCCGUGGUUCUGUAUCCGUUAUCGUGUAUGGUGACCAAGAGAAGCCUUCACUUAUCACUUAUCCUGAUUUAGCUCUAAAUCAUGUGUCUUGUUUCCAAGGGUUAUUCUUUUGUCCGGAAGCAGCUUCAUUGCUGCUUCACAACUUCUGCAUAUAUCAUAUCAGUCCUCCUGGCCAUGAGUUAGGAGCUGCUUCAAUUUGUCCAGAUGAUCCUGUGCCUUCAGUUGAUGACUUGGCAGAUCAGAUCCUCGAGGUUCUCAAUUUUUUUGGGCUUGGUGCGGUUAUGUGUAUGGGGGUGACAGCGGGUGCUUAUAUCCUUUCCUUAUUUGCUAUGAAAUAUAGGGAGCGUGUCCUUGGAUUGAUACUUGUAUCCCCUUUAUGCAAAGCGCCGUCUUGGACAGAAUGGUUUUAUAAUAAGGUGAUGUCGAAUAUGCUAUAUUUCUAUGGCAUGUGUGGAUUGCUAAAAGAGUGUAUGCUUCAGCGCUACUUCAGUAAGGAUGUUCGUGGUAGUGUUGAAGUUCCAGAGUCAGAUAUAGUUCAAGCGUGCAGAAAAUUGCUGGAAGAGAGGCAGAGCUUAAAUGUUUGGAGAUUUCUUCAAGCAAUUAAUCGGAGACCUGACAUAACAGAAGGGUUAAAAUCGCUAAGGUGUCGCACGCUUAUUUUUGUUGGGGAUAGCUCUCCCUUCCAUUCUGAGGCUCUCCACAUGACCUCAAAGUUGGACAGGAGAUACAGUGCCUUAGUAGAGGUCCAGGCUUGCGGAUCCAUGGUAACAGAGGAGCAGCCACAUGCAAUGUUGAUACCAAUGGAAUACUUCUUAAUGGGGUAUGGCCUGUACCGGCCAUGCCAUUUCAGCGACAGCCCUAGGAGCCCGCUCAGCCCAUCUUGCAUCUCCCCGGAGCUUCUCUCCCCAGAAAGCAUGGGCUUGAAACUAAAACCGAUAAAGACCCGUGUUUCACUCAGCCUAUGACUGUUUGAAGACAGGCAGAAAAUUGGAAACAAUGCAGUGCAAUGUGAAUGUUAGGUUCCGAGAAGUUGCUUCGUUUUUUGGUUUUUUGUUAAAUCUUUCAUUGAUUAAGAAGGAAAAGGGAGGGAGAGGGGAAGAGGUUGGUGUAGAUACAAAAAGGGAAGAAGAAUAUAUGAAUGUGUUAUUAAAUAGUAGGGAGGGAGGAAACUUUGGUUCAUUCUUUUGUAGUCAGUCAUAAGGAGGGAGACUUUCAUUCAUGAAAAAUGCUAAGGGGACUCCCAAGUGGAACUCUCGAUGGACUUUCUGCCACCUCACAGUCUAACUUCAAUUUCCGUGUCAAUAUUAUAAAACAUUACGCUAAAAACAUAAGGUGGCAGAUAGUCCAUAAAGAGUAUUUUGAGAGUCCCCUUAGUGUUUCUUUUCAUUCAUUCCUUUGGGAGAUGUCUGUCUGUAAAUUUCAUAAACAAAUUGGAUUGACUUUUUAUUUAUGAUGACGAGAAAUCAAUAACAAGGGGGCAGAACUCUUCCCAUUCGUUCACACAA